AUGGAGAAUCUUACUUUUUCCUUUGCUCUUUCAAUCUUGUUAUUAAAUAGCUUUGCCCUCUCCUUGAAUUAUGUCACAGAUAAAUAUUCACUUAUUUCCUUCAAAAACUCCAUCACUUCCGACCCUUACGCUAUCUUGAGCACUAGUUGGUCGCAAAACACAUCAGUCUGUACUUGGAUUGGUGUGUCAUGCAGCCUCAAACACGGCCGUGUCACUGCUCUCAAUCUCUCUGGCUACGGCCUUGCUGGAACUGUCGCUCCACAUCUCGGAAACAUAACGUUUCUCAGAUAUUUGGACAUCAGUUCCAACAGUUUCACGGGGAUGUUACCCUUUGAGCUCUCUAAACUGCAUCGUUUGAAGGUAAUAAAUGUGGGAGUGAAUUCAUUAACCGGAGAAAUACCAACAUGGUUGGACAGUUUACCUCAACUUGAGGAACUCUAUAUGUACAACAACAAUUUCUUAGGUACAAUUCCUAAGUCCUUGUUUAACAAUUCCAUGCUACAAAUAUUACUGUUGUAUAGCAAUCAGUUGAGUGGGCACAUACCACAUGGUAUUUCCAAUGUGUCUUCACUUAGAUAUAUAAGUAUUGCAAAUAAUAGCCUAUCAGGCCGGCUUCCAAGUGAUAUGUGCAACAAUAUGCCCAACAUCAAAUUACUAUCACUCUCUUGGAACCGGCUUGUGGAUCAGAUUCCGCCAACUAUAUGGAAAUGCACGCGUCUUGAAAAGUUAUCGUUAUCCUUCAACAAUUUCAACGGCAACAUCCCACGUGAAAUCGGGAGAUUGAACAUGCUUGUAGAGUUGUACUUGGGAUACAAUAAUAGCUUUCGAGGAGGAGUUCCUGCUGAAAUAGGAAAUCUUUCGAGAUUAGAGAUGCUUAGCAUGGACAGUGCUUCUUUAACCGGAGAUAUUCCGACUUCAAUCUUCAACAUAUCUUCCUUGACAUACUUGAGCUUCUCUGACAAUAGUUUGUCAGGAAACAUCCCAACUUUUCACAAUCUACCACAACUUGAAAAGUUCUAUCUCGAUAACAACAAGUUCAAAGGGCAUAUUCCUGCAAAUAUAUGGAAGUGCAGACAUCUUAAAGUGUUGGAAUUAUCCAAAAACAAUUUCAGUGGCAACAUUCCUCGCUCAUUCGGAAAUAUGACCAUGCUUAAAGAGUUGCACUUGGGAUACAAUCAUUUCACAGGUGAGUUGCCACAAGAGAUUGGCACUCUGCCAGCACUCGAGAUUUUCUCCGUUUUCAGAAAUUCAUUGAACGGAUCCAUCCCACCUUCCAUAUUCAACAUAUCAACAUUAAAGAGAUUGAGACUUUCAUUCAAUGAGUUUUCAGGUAGUCUUCCUAAUGACUAUCGGCAUCCACUUCUUAAUCUCGAAAUGCUCUAUUUAGCUCACAACAGACUCUAUGGCCCAAUUCCAACCGCUUUGAUCACCAAUGCUUCAAACCUAAAAUGGUUGGACAUGUCAGCCAACUCAUUUAGAGGCCCCAUACCUUCCUUUUCUAGUUUGAAGCUCCUACAAGAACUUCGACUCUGGGGAAAUAAUUUGAACGGAGAAAAUUCCCCAACACGGGAAAUGAUAUUUCUCACUUCACUAAGUCAUUGUAGACAUUUGCGGUACUUGGCCGUAUCUGGAAAUCCACUGAGUGGCAUUCUACCAGCAUCACUUGGGAACUUCUCCUCAUCUCUUGAAUAUUUUGAGGCAUCAAAUAGCAACAUCAUGGGUCACAUUCCAUUGGAAAUAGGAAACUUAAGCAGUUUGCUAUUACUAGAUUUGGGUAGAAAUGACUUGGGUGGGCUCAUUCCACCAACACUUGGGAAAUUGAAGCAAAUCCAGAGGAUAUAUCUUAGUGGCAAUCAAUUGAUAGAGUCAAUCCCUAACGAACUUUGUCGAAUGAAUCGUUUAGGAGUGUUGAGCCUCGCUGGUAACAUGCUUGUGGGUCCAAUACCGGAAUGUUUGGGUGAAGUUAAAUCCUUGAGAGUUAUCAACUUAGGUUCCAACCAAUUGAAUUCAACUGUGCCUCCUAACUUGUGGAUUCUCACAGACCUUGUGACUUUGAGCUUGCCCUCCAAUCAUUUGAGUGGUCAGUUGUCAUCUCAUCUUGGAAAUUUUAAGCUAAUCAACUAUUUGGAUUUGUCAUCCAAUCAAUUCUCAAACCAUAUUCCUAUCUCAAUUGACGGUUGUCAGUCGUUAACAUUUCUUAAUUUAUCAAAUAAUUUGUUUAGCGGAUCCAUCCCUCAAUCCUUGGGAGAGGUUAAGGGUUUGAUAACAUUAGAUUUAUCUAAUAAUAAUAUUUCCGGAUCAAUCCCCGAGUCCUUAGAAGACCUUCACUUUCUUGAAAAUUUUAACGUUUCGAACAACAACCUAGAGGGGAGUAUUCCGGAUGGGGGUUGUUUUCGUAACUUCACUGCUCCGUCUUUUUCCCACAACUUAGCUCUUUGUGGUCCAAUAACUUUUCAGGUUCCACCUUGCCCAAAUGAUCAUCAUAGGUCAUGGUUAAAAAAACUCAUGGUGCCAUUAAUCAUUUUAGUUGUCAUUGUGGUGAUUGUCAUGCUUGUUCUCAUAAGAUUGAGCAAACAGAAAAAGGUAGCAAUCUCUACUGAUGUUUCACCACCGGUUAUCGUGUGCGAAAGAGUUUCUUACAAAGAACUUGAACAAGGAACAAGUUCAUUUAGUGAAACCAACCUGCUUGGAAAAGGUGGUUUUGGUUCUGUAUUCAAAGCAACACUUUCUAAUGGGUUGAAAGUUGCAGUAAAAGUGUUCAACUUGAAACUGCAAGGAGCAUCAAGGAGUUUUGUUGCUGAAACUGCUAUAUUGAGCAACAUUCGACACAGAAACUUGGUUCGAGUUAUUGGAUGUUGUUGUAACAUGGAGUUUAAAGCAUUGAUUCUUACAUACAUGCCAAAUGGAAGCUUGGACAAAUGGUUAUAUUCUAGCACGUGUGGUUUGGAUCUUAUACAGAGACUAAAAAUAGCAAUAGAUGUUGCAUCAGCCUUAGAAUAUCUUCACCAUGGCUACACAUUUCCCGUUGUUCACUGUGAUAUAAAGCCAAGCAAUGUGUUGCUUGAUCAAGACAUGACUGCUCAUCUUGCUGAUUUUGGCAUUUCCAAGCUUUUCGAUGGAGGUGAAACUUUCAUCCAAACACAAACAAUGGCAACAAUCGGUUAUGCAGCACCAGAGUUCGGAAUGGAAGGCAAAGUGUCAACAAAUGGGGAUGUAUUCAGUUUUGGCAUACUACUGCUAGAGAUGUUCACUGAAAAGAGGCCAACGGAUCAUAUGUUCGGUGAAGAAAUGAGCUUAAAAGAGUGGGUAAAUGAAGCAUUAAAUCGGAAUGCAGCAAUUGAAAUCGUGGCGUCAGCUCUGUUAUCAAAGAAAGAUCCACAUUUAUGUGUAAAGGAGCAAUGUUUCUUGUCAAUCUUUGAAUUGGCAAUGAAAUGUUCAGCCAAUAUAGCAAAUGAAAGAAUCAACAUGAUUCAAGCAGUUUCUGCUCUACACAAGAUCUAUGCUACAAUUGUAGCACAGACAGAUAGCCAUUGUCAAAAAUAUGUUUGAUUCUUACAUAGCAUUGCAUCUGGCAAUAUUAGAGUUUGAUUCUUACAUAGCAUUGCAUCUGAUCUUUAGUUCAUGUUAUCUCGGGUUUCCUGAUUCUUGU